AUGGCAGGCAAAUUCGGCAAAAAACAUGUGUUGAUGAUUGACAACUACGACUCCUUCACCUGGAAUUUGUACCAGUACUUGUGCCAGUCGGAGCUCUGUGAAAAGGUGGAUGUCUUCAGAAACGACAAAAUCGAUAUCGAGACGAUUGAAAACGAGAUCAAACCGGACAUUUUGUUUAUUUCUCCCGGUCCAGGCCACCCAAGCACGGAUGCUGGAAUUUCCAAGGCUGCUAUUGAGCACUUCAAGGGAAAAAUCCCCAUUUUCGGCGUCUGUAUGGGUCAACAGUGCAUGGUGGAAGUCUUCGGAGGAGAGGUCUCCUAUGCCGGUGAAAUUGUCCACGGAAAGACUUCUGCUAUUAAGCAUGACGGCAAGGGUUGCUUCACGGGUGUUCCACAGGGCGUGGGUGCUACCAGAUACCAUUCUUUGGCCGGUACGAUCGCUUCUAUUCCAGACUGCCUUGAAGUCACUGCUAGGACGGAAACCACUAGCCCAGAGGUGAUUAUGGGUGUCAGACACAAGAAGUACACCAUUGAGGGCGUUCAGUUCCACCCUGAGUCUGUCUUAUCGGAGGCUGGCCAUAUCCUUGUGGAGAACAUUCUCAGAAUGCAAGGCGGCACCUGGGAGGAGAACAAGCCUUCUUCCUCCAAAGAAAACAUCCUUAUCAAGAUCUACAAGCAGCGUAUGGAGGACUACGAGAAGAUUGAGAACAUCCCAGGUAGAAGUUUUGCCAACCUCGAGACCUCGUUGCAGCUCGGAUUAGCUCCUCCGCUCAUCAACUUCUACGAGCGUCUCCAACUCACCAAGUCCAACAAGGAAAACAUCAUUUUGGCUGAGUUCAAGCCCUCCACUUAUGCCAAGGGCCACUGCUCGGCUAUUUCGGUGUUGACGGAACCCAAGUGGUUCAAGGGCUCUUUGGAAGAUAUGACUCUAGUCAGAAGAGUCAUUGAUGAGCAGAUUUCCGGCAAGGGCGAUGCAUCUUACUCCAGACCAGCAGUUUUGCGUAAAGAGUUCAUUUUCAACAAAUACCAGAUCGCCGAGGCCCGUCUAGCUGGCGCCGACACUGUUUUGUUGAUUGUGAAGAUGCUUCUGGACAGCAACUUGUUGCAGCAGCUAUACGAGUACUCCUUGUCAUUGGGCAUGGUUCCGUUGGUGGAAGUGAAUGAUGCCGAGGAGUUGAAGGUUGCACUUGCUUUGACGAAUAACGGUACCACUGAGGAUCCCCUUGUUAUCGGCGUGAACAACAGAAACCUCACAACUUUUGAUGUGGACUUGAAAACUACAAGCUCGCUCGUGGAUUCUGCCAAAAACAGUUCGAGAAAAGGUGAUGUUCUCGUGUUGGCCUUGUCUGGCAUUACAUCAGAGCAGGAUGUUCACAAGUAUAAGACCGACGAUGACGUUGACGGCUUCUUGAUUGGUGAAUCACUCAUGAGAGCAGAGGAGAGAGGCGAGGCUGAAGCUUUCUUGGACAAGCUCAUACAUGUUUGA